GCAACACCGAAUUACGUUUGUCAAAAAAGGCAUCGACAGCUGCUGUACUGUACGUGUUUUUGUGUUGAAAAAUUCGCAAAAAUGGCAGUCUGAUGCCAAUGUUUUCAUGAAAUAUAAAUGUGAAAUACGACAUUAAGAUGUCGAGCCGCCGUUCUAUACUCGGGUCGGCGCUGGACGCGCUCCCGGCGCCGACGGAUCCUCUGCGUGAGUUGUUCGAGGCUUGCAAAAUCGGUGAUGCAGCGAGGGUGAAAAAGUUAAUUACUCCCCAAACAGUGAAUGCCAGGGACACGGCCGGCCGUAAAUCCACACCUCUACACUUCGCUGCAGGCUAUGGACGCAGGGAAGUUGUGGAGAUCCUCAUAGCUGCCGGCGCAGCUCUUCAGGCGAGAGACGACGGUGGUCUGCAGCCCCUACACAACGCCUGCUCGUUCGGACACGCUGAUGUCGUGCGAGCACUACUGUCCGCAGGAGCUGCGCCCACGGCGCGUGACAACUGGGGAUACACACCUCUCCACGAGGCAGCUGCAAAGGGCAAAGUUGAUGUUUGCAUUGCUUUACUCCAACAUGGCGCCGAUCCGAAUAUCAGAAAUACAGAAGGCAAGACGCCACUCGACCUGGCCGACCCCGCCACCAGACCCGUUUUGACAGGCGAGUACUGUGCGGCGGAGGUGCUGGAGGCGGCGCGGUCGGGCGCGGACGAGCGGCUGGCGGCGCUGCUGACGCCGCUGAACGUGAACGUGCACGCGGCGGACGGGCGCCGCUCCACGCCGCUGCACCUCGCCGCCGGCUACAACCGCGCCCGCGCCGUGCGCCUGCUGCUGCAGCGCGGCGCCGACGUGCACGCCAAGGACAAGGGUGGUCUGGUGCCGCUGCACAACGCGUGCUCGUAUGGUCACUACGAGGUGACGGAGUUGUUGGUGCGCGCGGGCGCCGACGUCAACGCGACCGACCUGUGGGCCUUCACGCCGCUGCACGAGGCCGCCAGCAAGGCGAGGCUCGAGGUGUGUUCUUUGUUGCUGAGCGAAGGCGCCGACCCCACACUCCUUAACUGUCACGGGAAAUCAGCCCUUGACGUCGCACCCACCAGAGAAUUACAAGAGAGGCUAGCUUUUGAAUACCGCGGACAUUGCCUACUGGAGGCUUGUCGUUUAGCGGAGCCCGCGAGGGUCAAGAAACAACUGUCUUCUGGCACCUCACAGCAUCAGCACCAGAGUUCGACGGCUUCCACGAGCGGCAGCACCCACUCCCUUCCAGGAGAGUGCACGAUAGAAGCGCUCGUGAACUUCCAGCACCUGACCACGGGAGACCGGCCGCUGCACUGCGCCGCGGCCAGCGUCUACCCCAAGCGAAAACAGGUGAUGGAAAUGCUGAUCAGGAAGGGCGGGCGCGUGAACGAGAAGAAUAAGGAGGGCCAGACACCGCUGCAUGUCGCCACGGAGCAUGCGCAUCUAGACGCCAUGGACCUGCUGCUCAGACACGGCGCGAAGGUGAACGCGUGCGACGGGCGCGGCGAGAGCGCGCUGUGCGUGGCGGCGCGCCGCGACUCCGCCGCCGCCUGCCGCCUGCUGCUCGCCUGCGGCGCCGACACGCGCGCCGACCCGCCCGCGCCCGACCCCGACGACGCGUGCACGAACGCGGCGGCGGUGCGGCUGCUGGAGGCGGCGCGCACGGGCGACGUGGAGACCGCGCGCGCCAUCCUCGACGCGCGCCCGCGCCUCGUCAACUGCAGGGACGUGGACGGCAGGCACUCCACGCCGCUGCACUUCGCCGCCGGAUAUAACAGACUGCCUUUAGCACAGCUGUUGUUACAAAGAGGCGCAGAUGUUCACGCCAAGGAUAAAGGAGGUCUGGUGCCGCUGCACAACGCGUGCUCGUACGGGCACUACGAGGUGACGGAGCUGCUGGUGUCGGCCGGCGCGGGCGUCAACGCGGCCGACCUGUGGCGGUUCACGCCGCUGCACGAGGCCGCCGCCAAAGGCAAGGCCGACAUCGUCCGGUUACUGCUCAAACACGGCGCGGACCCGACGCGGCGCAACCGCGACGGCCUCACGCCGCUGCAGCUCGUGCGCGCCGGCGACUGCGACACCGCCGACGCGCUGCGGGGCGACGCCGCGCUCCUCGACGCCGCCAAGCGCGGCGACCUCGCCAGGGCCAGGAAAUUAAUAACGCCACAAAACGUGAACUGUCGAGACGCGCACGGCAGGAAUUCCACUCCUUUACAUCUUGCUGCGGGGUACAACAACCUGGAGGUGGCGGAGGCGCUGCUGGAGGCGGGCGCGGCGGUGUCGGCGCGCGACAAGGGCGGGCUCGUGCCGCUGCACAACGCCGCCUCCUACGGACACCUGGAGCUGGCCGCGCUGCUGCUGCGCGCCGGCACGCCGCCCAACGCCGCCGACCGCUGGGGCUUCACGCCGCUGCACGAGGCCGCACACAAGGCGCGCACGCAGCUCUGCGCGCUGCUCCUGGCGCACGGCGCGGACCCGUUCCUGAAGAACCAGGAGGGGCAGACGGCGCUGGAGCUGGCGGGCGCGGAGGACGUGCGCUCGCUGCUGCAGGACGCCAUGACGGCGGCGGCGGCGGACGCGCCGGCGCUCGGGCCCGCGCCCGCCGCGCCCGCGCCGCCGCCGCUGCCGCCGCCGCACCACCCCGUGCUCAUGCCCAGCGGCGACACCGUGCAGCUCGCGCUCCCGGUACUACCCAGUAACUAUUGGGCCGAAGGUUCUAGAGGGAGCUUAGAAGAGGCCGCUGGCAGACCGGCCUCAGCUUUGUCCACGUCGGAGUCACUUCAAACGUUCCUUUCCAGCAUCGGCCUGGAGCAGCUGACGUCGGUGCUGGAGCGCGAGCAGAUCACUGUGGACAUCCUGUGCGAGAUGUCGCACGAGGACCUGCGCGCCGUGGGCGUGGCCGCCUACGGACACCGACACCGCCUGCUCAAGGCGGCACGGCGAACUACACACGCCGCUAACGAGUGGUACGGCGGCACGACGCUGGUGGAGGUGUGCCCGGCGGAGGCGGAGUGCGCGGAGGGCGGGUGCGGCGCGGAGGGCGCGGGCGGCGCGGGGGGCGCGGGCGCGAGCGAGUACGCCGUGCUCGAGCGCGAGAUGCAGGCCUCCGUGCGCGCGCACCGCGACCACGCCGGCGGACACUUCACGCACUACAACGUCGUCAGGAUACAGAAGAUAGUGAACGGGCGCCUGUGGGAGCGGUACCAGCACCGGCGGCGCGAGGUGGCGGAGGAGGCGGGCUGCGCCAACGAGCGCAUGCUCUUCCACGGCUCGCCCUUCAUCAACGCGAUCGUGCAGAAGGGAUUCGACGAACGACACGCUUACAUAGGCGGGAUGUUUGGUGCGGGCAUAUACUUCGCGGAGCACUCGUCCAAGAGCAACCAGUACGUGUACGGGUUCGGCGGCGGCUCCGGCUGUCCGGCGCACAAAGACAGGAGCUGCUACCUUUGUCACAGGCAGAUGCUGUUGUGUCGCGUGGCCCUGGGGCGCGCGUUCCAGCUGGCGAGCGCGCUGAAGAUGGCGCACGCGCCGCCCGGACACCACUCGGUGGCGGGCCGGCCCAGCCAGGGCGGCCUCUGCUUCCCCGAGUACGUUGUGUACCGCGGCGAACAGGCCUACCCAGAAUACCUGAUCACGUACCAGAUAGUGAGCGGAGAGACGAAUGCAGGCGCCGUGUGAAGUGAGUCGCGCGCAUGUCUCGGCGCCUCUCGCUCGCGCACGCGCACGCGCAUGCGCCCGCACCCGCGCCCGCACCCAUGCAUGCGGCGAGUGCACAGCCCGCUCCGCCGAGUGUACACCUGCGUCAUCGCCGCGCUGCACGUCGCACGCCGCGGCCCGAGCCUGCUCGGCAGGAUGUUCAGCAGCGCGGGCCAGAGCUCGCCAUGAUAGUGCUCCAAGUUAACUGAACAACCGCUGUAUUACAACAUAUGGAAAUUACGCCCGAGAGCUAUGAUAACAAAGUUGUAACCUGUGACGUGAGGCUAUAGCAAUCCACUCUUUCUGCUUCUUGAAAGGAGGGAUGCCAAAGGACUGAAUGAAUUAUACUAUCGCUAAGGGGAGAGGGCGCUACAAUUAAGUUAAUAAAUGGUGACAUAAGCUUCCAUUCGACCACCGACCCUCAGGCCAGCGUGGAAGACGAUGGCCCAAAACUGAUAACAUAUGCGAAGAUUUGCACAGUACGUCACGUUACGUGUAUUGUGUGCUUUAAAUGAAUAGGAUCGGUGGUAUAUCUGAUAGCCUAUAUUUAUCAACUUAUCAAAUUGUGUAAGCCCGCGUUGUCCGUUCGAAUGAGCCGCGUGACGUGUGCGAUUGCGAUGUGUUGUGUAAUGUUGGCGCUCAGCGCGGUGUGACUCGGCGGAGCUCGGAACUAUUAUUGACUUCAUAGUGUAUUGUAUGGACUUCAAUUAAAUUAUACUAUUUUACAGAA